AUGAUCGGCGGUCUGUUCAUGUAUAACCACAAGGGCGAGGUGCUGAUAUCGCGAGUGUACCGCGACGACAUCGGCCGCAACGCCGUGGACGCGUUCCGUGUGAACGUCAUACACGCCCGCCAGCAGGUCCGCACGCCGGUCACCAACAUUGCGCGCACUUCGUUCUUCCACAUCCGCCGGGCCAACAUCUGGCUGGCCGCAGUCACCAAGCAGAACGUCAACGGCGCCAUGGUAUUCGAGUUCCUCAUUCGGUUCACGCAGGUCAUGCAGUCGUACUUCGGCAAGAUCAACGAGGAGAACAUUAAAAACAAUUUUGUGCUCAUCUACGAGCUUCUUGACGAGAUACUUGACUUUGGCUAUCCGCAGAACUGCGACACGGGCGUGCUCAAGACUUUCAUCACGCAGACGGGCGUCAAGUCCCAGAGCAAGGAGGAGCAGAUGCAAAUCACGUCCCAGGUCACUGGCCAGAUCGGAUGGCGGCGCGAGGGCAUAAAGUACCGCCGUAACGAGCUAUUCCUAGACGUGCUCGAGUAUGUCAACCUGCUCAUGUCACCUCAGGGACAGGUGUUGUCCGCGCAUGUUGCAGGCCGCAUACUCAUGAAGUCCUACCUGAGCGGCAUGCCCGAAUGCAAGUUUGGUAUCAACGAUAAGAUCAUCAUGGAGUCCAAGGGCACCAAAAUCCUUGAUGACACGGGCUCGAGAACUGCCUCUGGCAAACCAGUUGUUGUCAUCGACGACUGUCAGUUUCAUCAGUGUGUAAAACUUUCUAAAUUUGAAACCGAACAUUCCAUAAGCUUCAUUCCUCCCGACGGUGAAUUUGAGUUAAUGCGUUACCGUACUACUAAAGAUAUAUCAUUGCCGUUCAGGGUUAUACCGUUGGUGAGAGAAGUGGGGCGUACUCGUAUGGAAGUAAAAGCUGUAUUGAAGUCUAAUUUCAAACCCUCCUUGUUAGGACAAAAAAUAGAAGUCAAGAUUCCCACCCCCUUGAAUACUGCCGGUGUUCAAUUAUUAUGUCUAAAAGGUAAAGCCAAAUACAAGGCUUCAGAUAACGCAAUUGUGUGGAAAAUUAAGAGGAUGGCAGGCAUGAAAGAAACACAGCUCUCAGCUGAAAUUGAUCUUUUAGAGACUGACACUAAGAAAAAAUGGACAAGACCCCCAAUUUCUAUGAAUUUUGAGGUACCAUUUGCUCCUUCUGGAUUCAAAGUCAGAUAUUUAAAAGUUUUCGAGCCAAAGUUGAAUUAUUCUGACCACGAUGUUGUCAAAUGGGUUCGUUACAUUGGGCGAAGUGGAUUGUAUGAAACUAGGUGUUAA